ACAUAAAAUUUGAAACUUGAAAAUUGAGGGACCCAAUUAAAAUUUUACGGAAUGUUCAAUUACCCAAUUGUGUUUCCACCUCGCUUCGCUUCCAUAGAAGGAAAAAUGGAGUGCGCCGGAAGGGGAAGCCGAAACCCGUGCUCGGGCCCGGCCACCAGACCCUGCAGUCGCUGCGGAGUCGUUGCCUAUUGCUCCAUUUCUCACCAGGUUUCCCAUUGGAGUGUGCAUAAGAAAGAGUGUGAAAGAUUACAACAGCAAAUGAAGCGUGCUAAUGUCUUGAGUGAUUUCCCUUUCCAAUUUACUCAAGAGGUUCAGAUGUGUGAAAAGCGGGAGGUGCGUUGUUCAUUGUUAAUAAAAAAUGGAAUUCACCGAACAGGAAUGUGGAUGUGUGAAUGUAGUUGCGAGAGAUCAGCUACUCCUGAUCAUUCUGGUAGGUUACCUGAAGGUUGGAAUCUUCCAAGUGCAUUAUGCCCUUGCAAAGGGCCUUCUUCUCCAAUACCCGAACUAACAAGUUGGAAAGAUUACUAUGAAUGGAGGUGCAUCCCACUUUGUUCUCCUGCUGCUUUACUUCUUCACUGGCCACUCACAAUAUAUUGGGCUAUUCGGCUUGCAACUCUUAAAAGCUUGAUUCCUGCAAUCGGUAAAGAACUGCGCAUACAUUACUUAGUUCUUGUUGAAGGCCCAGAGAAAGAGCUUCUUCAACUUUCUGUCUUUGGAGAAUUGCUUGCACUUUUUCCUGGAAUUCGACUGCUAAUAGACCUUGUUGGACCUGCAGUUCCACAGCAUAGGUCAGUUCCAAUGGAUGAUGAGAAAAUCUAUGUUUACAGUUAUGCUAAAUGUAAUCAAAUAGAUUGUCAGUGCAAAUAUUCAGUUGAGAAUCUUAGCCAACAUGUAUACGAGGGUGACUCUUCUGCAGUCAUAUUACGGUUUCAUGCAGGUUUUUAUCAUGAUCGUUACAGAGAUAUAGCAAAGGAUUUUCCACCCCAUCUAAUUAUAGCUCCAAAUGCCGGUAUUGCUGCCUACACAAGCUGGCUUCCAACAAUUGAGCUAAUAAAGGAGAUCAAAGUUCCGGCAAUUUUUUCUGAUUACUGUGAAGAAGCUUCUCAUCUGGCAACUUGUUGCAUAAGUUCUGCAACAGGCUGUGCUCCUACAAUUCCAAUUCAGCUAAAUCCAUUCAGGCAGCCUCUACCUGUGGAAGAAAGUGCAUUGUUUCUCCCUUGCUAUUCCAACUGCUUUGUCUUCGGGAUGUGAAAUUGUAAAGAAAAGAGAUCAUGCCGUUUUGCAAUGAAGUAUUUAAAAGAAGAUCGUAUCACAUUUGAGAGAGAUGAGUAUAGGUGAACCCGCUAUGUAUGUUAUAUUUCUAUACAUUGUUUCUCAAGUCUAGCAAGCAAAAAGUUUGUCUUGGAAGUCUUUGGCCCUUUAUGAGUUUUGAUGUAUAAAAAAUAUGGAGGAUUGCUUCUAUGAGGAUUGGAGUUAUUUUGAAAUUUCAUUAUUGAUUUAUUGAGUGGGAAGUGCAAGAUAA